CAUUCAGUUUAAUAGGUUGAUUUUCUCCUAUCUAGGGUUUCCAAAAACCCCAUCUUUCAUCGGUCGACUUUGCUCAAUCAUGCAUUUCAUCAAAAACCAUCUUCUCUAGUCCAGCAUUUCUUCAUUACAGCUUCUGGGUUCUUCACAUUUCAAUCCCCAGACACAACUUUUUUGCUCUUUGCUGAAAAGGCGUGAACUUCAGUUCUUGUAAGUAUCCCCUUCUGGCUUAUUAUUGGGUUUCUCUCCUCCCUUUAUUUUUCCUCAAUUCUUAGAAAAAGAUAUUAAUUUAUACCUCUAGCUUGCCAGUAAAGGUCAAAGAUUGGUACUUUUUGCACUAUCUAGAUUGAAGUUUGAGUUUUCAGAAGGUCGUGAUAUAAUUUAUGGGGAAAUCUGGGGGUAGGAAAAAGAAGGGUGCAAUUAGCCAAAACCAAAACCAAGCUUCUGCAGGGGAAAAUAAUCAUGCACCUGUUAUUAAUGGUGGUGUUGAUUUGGACUCUUCAGUUUUCUUGAGAAGAGCCCACGAGCUUAAAGAAGAGGGAAAUAAAAGAUUUCAGGUCAAGGAUUAUGCAGGGGCUCUUCAACAGUAUGAUAUUGCCCUUAAACUGAUCCCGAAAACGCACCCAGAAAGAGCUGUUUUUCAUAGCAAUAGAGCUGCUUGUUUAAUGCAAAUGAAGCCCAUAGAUUAUGAUAGCGUGAUUUCGGAAUGUACUCUGGCACUUCAGGUUCAGCCUGGAUUUGUUCGGGCCCUUUUGCGGAGGGCUCGUGCUUUUGAGGCAGUAGGGAAGCAUGAAAUGGCGAUGCAAGAUGUGCAAGUGUUAUUGAGUGCUGACCCGAAUCACAGGGAUGCACUGGAGAUUGUGGGGAGAUUGAGGAUGGCGCUUGGCCCACGCCAGGAGGCCCAACAGGACCUCCAGAGUCGCCCAUCGCCUGCUGCCCUGGGUGCUUCUGCUGUCCGGGGAGCUCCGAUUGGUGGCCUUGGACCUUGUUUGCCAGCUCGACCAGUAUCAAAGAAGGCAGCAACUCCAGCUGUGGGAUCAGCUUUAUCAGCUAAUAAUAAGCCAGAUAAGUGUUGUCCAGCUUUGCCAACUGAAAAUUUUCCAGAAGCCAAAUCUCAAUUACCAAACGUUGUUUUAAAGCCUUCACAGGGUUCUUCCAAACCGAGUGCCAUUUCAGUUAAGGAGAGUAAGGAACAUGGAUCAUCUUCAUCAUUGCCAGUUUCAACACAUGCGCAAUCUGUUGAGGUUGUAACUCGAUGGAGACCAUUGAAGCUUGUUUAUGAUCACGACAUUAGACUUGCUCAAAUGCCUGUGAGUUGCAAUUUUAAGGUGUUAAGGGAUAUCGUAGGCAAACGGCUCCCAAUGUCAAAGUCUGUUCUGAUUAAGUAUAAAGAUAAUGACGGUGAUUUAGUUACAAUUACAUGCACGGCUGAGCUUCGAUUGGCUGAGUCCUGUGUUGACCGGCUUAGUCCGAAAGACCCUGAUAGUGAUAAACAAGAUUCAGCUGGGACGUUGAGGUUGCAUAUUGUAGAGGUGAGUCCUGAACAUGAGCCACCUUUAUUGGAAGAGGAAGAAGAGAAACCUGCCGAGACUGAGGCAACUAAAGAAGAUGAGAAUGCAUCUAACUCUUCACUAGGUGAGUCUGUUGUGGAACCUGUGGACAAUGAAGUUGUUAAGACAGAAAAGCCAGCUCCAAAGGAGAAAACUGGAAUAUCAGAAGAUCCUGAGUGCAAGGAAGUGGAGAUGGAUGACUGGUUAUUUGAGUUUGCACAGUUGUUCCGAAGCCAUGUCGGUAUUGACCCAGAUGCUCACAUUGAUCUUCAUGAGCUUGGGAUGGAGCUAUGCUCUGAAGCUCUGGAGGAGACAGUGACAAGUGAAGAAGCUCAAACCCUUUUUGAUAAGGCUGCUUUAAAGUUUCAGGAAGUAGCUGCUCUAGCUUUCUUUAACUGGGGAAAUGUACACAUGUGUGCAGCAAGGAAGCGGAUUCCUAUAGAUGACUCAGCUUCAAAGGACUUGAUGGCCUCACAACUUCAAGCUGCUUAUGACUGGGUCAAGGAAAAGUAUUCGUUGGCCAGAGAGAAGUAUGAGGAGGCACUUUCUGUCAAACCAGACUUUUAUGAAGGUCUCUUGGCACUUGGGCAGCAGCAAUUUGAAAUGGCAAAGCUCCAUUGGUCCUUUGUUGUGGCAAAGAAAGAAGACCUAUCAAAGUGGGAUCCUACGGAGACCCUACAACUUUUUGACAGUGCAGAAGAAAAAAUGAAAGUAGCUACUCAAAUGUGGGAGAAGUUGGAAGAGCAUAGAGCAAAUGAACUGAAGGAUCCUGGAGCAGCAAGUAAGAAGGAAGAACUGUUGAAAAGACGGAAGAAGCCAGGAAGUGGAGUAGAAAAUGAGGGCUCAUCUGCUGGCAGUCAGGGGGCACUUUCAGCUGAUGAAGCAGCAGAACAAGCUGCUGUGAUGAGAUCUCAAAUACAUCUAUUCUGGGGUAAUAUGCUUUUUGAACGAUCCCAAGUUGAAUUUAAAUUGAAUUUGACUGGUUGGAAGAAGAAUUUGGACACUGCAAUCGAGAGAUUCAAGCUUGCUGGAGCCUCUGAAACAGACAUUGCAACAGUUCUGAAGAAUCAUUGCUCCAAUGAAGAAGCUAGUGAGGGACAAGAGAAAAGAAUUGAGAAUGUAAGCAUGGCUCUUUCUAGUAAGAUGGAGGAUCCAAAUGAGCUUGACUGAAUUUUGGGACUAAGUUGGCAAUCAAAAGAUGAUUAUUGAGGUUUGGCCAAGGUGUGUUAUUGGUAAAUGCCGUGGACACUCCCUGUGCUGCACAUACUUGCCAUUCACACUCGAAACACAAUAACACGUAGGCUUGAAUUGCUAGUGGUGUCACGCUGGUUUUUUCUACCCACUGUGGCCUAUCAAAGAAAGCAUACUCUUUAAUAUUCACGCGUUGUUCUCAAUGAAAUUUUAGUAGCAUGGUGGUGGUAAUUUACUGAGACGGAGAUUAGAUGAAGUUCAAGGAAGCGGUUGUUUGACAGAAUAGAGUGAGCCUGAGAGUGUAAAUGUCUUCGUCAGAAUAUAACAAGGAUACCCUCGGUUCUUGUAUGUCAUCCCCAGUAGAUACAGAAGUUAUCUGAACCUGUUAGCACAUGGAUACAGAAGUUGUUUCAACAUACAUACCAGCCAACUACGUUGAUCUUUUGAGACGAUAGUAGAAUGUUUCCUAUCAAACAAAAGCAAUAGGUUGUUAUUGAAGCCUACAGGACUGAGAUAUUUGGUUUUUUUAAUGCUUUUGGCCUUCAAAAUUUCUUUUCUGGGGAGGAUGCCUCUUUAAUUAUUGGUGCAUGUACAGUCUUCCUUAUGCAGUACAGGGGGUAGUACUUUUUCCCUAGUUGCUUUCACUUUCCUGAAAAAGAAAGGAAAGUUAACAUGCUGCUUUUAGUGGAAAAUUUUCUUUCUA